UUCCACCUUCUCAUAAAUGGGGGGCAUUACUUCAAGGAACUAAUGUUUCUCACACAAAUGAACAAAUCUUCGAUAUUUCAAGACUACGUACUGAAAUACUGAAGUUCUUUCUUUCUCUUUUAGGGAAGAUGUACGUGACGCGGCCUCUGUCCAUGUACCGGAAGCAUCCCGAGGCCCUCUCGGAGGCUCCACCGGCAGGGGUGGGCUCUGGAUACCUGGUCAUCCAGGACGAGGAAGCCCAGAACUUCUGCUGCUUCGGGCUGUGCAAGGACAGCCAGCUCUACGACUUCCCCUUCCCUCAGAACAAGGACCUCACCGUCCGGUACACGGAGAGCGAUGGCAACACGAGCACGGUCUACAACGAUGAGGUGUUCAUGAUCCCAGUCGUCGGCCAGCCCUUGUCCUCCAAUCAGUACUAUGCGAUUCGGCGUCGCGGGAAGCAUAAAGGGGAAGCGCAUGCUAAUUCGACCGAAGAAGACAAAGGCACCUGCUUGUGCUUCCGAUACGUUCGAGACAAGAAACCGAGCCCUUUGGAUCCCGACGACAUACACCAGCAGUUCGUGAUCUACCGGCGUGAGAUUAUGUGCGGGUUUGGUGGCUUCCACGCGAAAUCCGUUGCCCCGGAUGGGUACCCUCCGAGAUUCCUGAAGAGGAAAGGCUGGACCCUCCAUGGCAAAACGCCCAGGAACUUCUUCCUGGAUGACGAUGCGCCAGGAGUCAACGACUCUCAGAGGUCAAAGCUCCCGAGCCUUGACUUCUCGAUCGACAGGAAGAACUCAGACCCGGUGGUGGUGGGGAAGUGGUACUGCCCGUUCAUGUUCAUCAAGGAUGGAGAGGUCGGGGACCAGAUCAAGACGUCGGCGUUCUACGAGAUGACGCUGCAACAGAGGUGGGAACAGGUCCAUGCCUGUGAGAAUUAUGCCAGUGAAGGCAAAGCUGUGGAAGUGGAUGUGCUUGUUCAGAAGGAGGCCAUCGCAGUGUUCGGUGAGGAACCUGGGGAGGGCAAUGUGAGUGAUGGAGUGAUGUGGUUUAGGAGUAGGACUAGAGUGAUAGGACUGAGCAUGUUGAUUGUGGAGAGGAUGAGGUGGGAGGAAGAGAGAGUGGGUUGGGUGAAAGAGGGAGAGAAGAGAGUAAAGGUGAAGAGAGUGGAGGAGUUCAUCAAGAGCGAGUUGAGCCAUGGUUGGAAGAGGUUUGGUUUUUAUGUGUUGGUGGAGAGUUUUGUGCUGAAGAGAAUGGAUGGGACUUUGGUGUUGGCUUAUGACUUCAAGCACACUCACCAAGUGAGGAGCAAAUGGGAGUGACAGAUUUCCUCAUCUAUGUUCUGUUUUUUGUGGGUUUAAUCUUGCUAUUUCUGACUGGUGUCCAUUAGAGCCCAGCUAAGUUCUUUUGCUAGUCAUGUUUGAUUUGUACUUGUUCCUUAGUGUUGUUCAUUCGUCUGUGCUGUAAAAUACGUUGUUGUAACUAUUCCUACGGAUAUAAAGCAAGAAGGGAGGAUUUUUGUAUU